AUGAGAUUCACGCUUCAGAUCUUCGGUGCAGGCUUCUUCCUCGCCGCUUUAGUCGCUGCUGCUCCCGCAGCUCCAGCCGGCACUACACCCGAUGCUCUCAUGGAGUGGGCUAAGAACCACAAGGUCGAUGUUCCGGAGGUGGGAGCCGCUUUCGAGGGUACUGCAGACUACUCUGUCAGUUACUGA